AUGGCUGACCUUAACUACCAGGUGACGAGCGUCCAGAAGAAACCGGAGGACACGAUCGUCUGGAAGUCGAUGACAAUGAAAGAGAAAUGGUCCUACUUCACGCGAAAUAUCACCGUCGAGCCUCUGUUAGCCUGCUACGUGAUCCCCUGUAUGCUGGCCUCCCUGGCCACCCAGAAUCUCAGCCUGGAGAAGGCUUGCAGAGUGAAUCUGGGCUACUCGGACGAGGUGUGCACCGCGUUGGCCAACAGGAACACGACUGGUUACGAGGCGGAGGAGACGGCGGUCCAGCAGCUGGUGACCAGCAUGCAAUCAUGGAAGAUGGCACUGACCAGCGGUCUACCAACGAUCCUGAUCCUCUUUAUGGGUGCGUGGAGCGAUCGAACAGGCCUGAGGAAACCUUGUAUGCUUCUGCCGAUCGUCGGGGAGUUUCUCAGCACGGUUAGCAUGCUUCUUUGCACGUACUUCUUCUACGAGGUGCCCAUGGAAGUGACCGGUGUCUUAGAAGCGUUAUGGCCCUCGUUGACAGGUGGAUGGUUCACGAUGUUCAUGGGUGUUUUCAGUUACAUCGCGGACAUCACGACUGUCGAGUCCAGGACACUGAGAAUCGGUGCCGCGAAUGUUUUCGUUUCACUCGGUAUACCGAUCGGUAUGGCGCUGUCCGGGAUAUUGUACAUGAAACUCGGUUUCUACGGUGUGUUCGGCAUAUCGACCGUGUGUUACGUGUUUAGCUUUGUUUACGGACUGGUGGUGAUCAAAGAACCGCCCAGACCGAACAAGAAACAAUCCGAACAGGUGAAGCCCGACGAGAAGAUGUCCGUGUGCGGAUCGAUCAGAAACUUCUUCGCACUUAAGCAUAUCGAGGAGACGUUCAAAGUCGCGUUCAAAAGCGGCAAGAACAAUCGGAAGAAGAGGCUACUGGUGCUGAUGGUUGUCGUAAUGGUUGUGAUCGGGCCGCUUUACGGUGAGAUGGCGGUAAUGUACCUGUACAUGAGGUACAGGUACCAUUGGAACGAAGUCAAAUUCAGCAUGUUCACCACGUUCGCUAUGGUCACGAAUCUGAUCGGUACAACGAUAUCCGUGGGCGUGUUUAGCCACAUCCUGAAGUUCGACGACGCGAUCGUCGGUGUAAUGAGUUCGAUGAGCAAAAUCCUCGCCGGAUUCGUCUACGCGUUCGCGACCACCAACUGGAUGAUCUAUUUAGCGGCGAUCGUCGAGAUCGUGAACGGGACAUCGUUCAUAGCAAUGCGAUCGAUAGUAUCCAAGCUCGUAUCGACGGACGAGCUCGGCAAAGUGAACUCCUUGUUCGGUGUCUGCGAAUCGAUGAUGCCGCUCGUUUACGGGCCAAUGUACAGCUCCAUUUACGGGGCAACCAUGAAAACAUUCCCGGGAACGUUCUUCAUUGUCGGCGCCUGCUUAACCAUGCCCGCUGUCUUCGCUUUCCUUUGGCUCUACACAGAGCAUCGGAAAGAUCGCCAGCAGCUAGAGCAAGAGAAGAAAACGAACAGCAAGAUCGAGGGCCAAGAAGAAAGCGACCCGAAUGCGACAAAAUGGCAGCUCGCCACCGAGAAUAAACCCGAUCUGCCGACGAUGAACGGCGGCACGGCUAAUGCGGCUUUCGAAUCCAAUCAUUAA